UGCCUCUCAGCAGUAUAGUAAGAUUGCCGAAAGCAGUCAGUUCGCUAAAGGUAAAUCAUAGAUUUGGACGUUGUACAUUUCUUACAAUUAUUUUAACUACGGCAUAAAGGCUGAUGUGGAAAUUAUAAAUACACAAAUAAAUACGUAUUAUUUAGUUCAAAGUAAAAAACGCGACACAUACGAGUAACUGUAACUUGGUGAGCAUGAUCGCGCUACUUCUUUUCUUAGUUCUCGGCACAACGCUCUACUGGCUGAUUAGGCACCAAUAUACUUAUUGGAAUCGUCGCAACUUUCCCAGCGACCCGGAUACGACUAUUCCUUGUGGUUGUUUGAAGUCCGUUGUUAAGCAUGAGAAAUCUAUGGGCGUGGCAAUAUAUGAUGCAUACUUAAAGAAAAAAUCGCCAUUUAUUGGGAUUUACCUGCUAUUCCGGCCUGCCGUCUUAAUACGUGAUCCCAAAUUGGCGCGACAAAUACUGAUACAAGAUUUUAGUAGCUUCCACGACCGCGGCGUGUAUGUGGAUGAGAAGCGAGAUCCAUUAUCAUGUAAUUUAUUCUCGCUACGCGGUCAAAGUUGGCGUUCGUUGCGUCAGAAACUGACACCUUCAUUCAGUUCAGGCAAAUUGAAGGCAAUGUUUCCUACUUCUGAUGAUAUUGGGAAUAAAAUGGUGGAGUAUCUUAAUAGAAUACUUCCGGAAGAGGGCGGUGCGGAAGUAGACAUAAAGGACAUAUUUGUGACUUAUGCUAUCGAUAUAAUUGGUUCUGUUAUAUUUGGCUUGGACAUCAAUAGUUAUGAAGAUCCUAAAAAUAAAUUUAGAUGUUUGGUACAUAAAGCACGCCGCAAUAACAUAAUUAAUGCCAAUAUUGGAAUGUUAAUCUUCUUGUGUCCAGCUUUAAUCAAGUUUAUGGUUCUUUUGGGUUUUAAAAAUAAUACAGCCAUUGGAUUACGUGAAAUAUUAAAAGAAACUAUAGAGUAUCGUGAGAAGCAUAACAUUGUUCGGAAGGAUAUGGUGCAGUUGAUGAUGCAAUUGAGGAAUACUGGAAAAAUCAAUGAGGAUGAUGACAAUUGGAAUGCAAAAGUAAACACAACCGUUGGCGAAGAGAAGGAAUUUACAUUAGAUCACAUAGCGGCGCAGGGCUUUAUUUUCUACAUAGCCGGUCAGGAGACUACAAGCUCGGCAGCUGCUUUCACAAUAUUCGAAUUAGCUCAGUAUCCAGAUUUGCUUGCACUAGCACAGAACGAAGUAAGUGAAGUAUUGAAACGCCAUAAUGGUCAGCUGAAUUAUGAUUGUUUACAAGAAAUGACGUUCUUGGACCUAUGUUUGCAAGAAACCAAUCGAAAAUAUCCAUUUCCCUUUUUAAGCCGUGAAUGCACACAAGAUUACACCUUACCCGGCACAAAGCAUGUUAUCGAAAAAGGUACACCUAUUGUUAUACCAUUGCUGGGUAUACAUCGCGAUGCCGAGCACUUUCCGAAUCCCAUGACUUACGAUCCGGAUCGCUUUUCGCCCGCUAAUGCCAAUUAUAGUGAUCACGCCUAUAUGCCCUUCGGUGCCGGGCCACGUCAAUGUAUUGCUCUUCGAAUGGGUAAAAUAAACUCGAAACUGGGUCUUGUUAAGAUACUACAGAACUUCAAUGUGGAAAUCAUGAGUAAACGUGAAAUUAUCAUCGAUAAUCAUUCAGUCGGUAUUCAGCCGAAGGGUGGCGUCAAAAUACGUAUUUCGAAAAAGCCUAAAUCGACAAAUUAAGAAAAUGCGCGGCGAUGUUUUGCAAAAUUAUGGAAACUUUCUCAGGAAAUUUAAGUAAAUUUUUGUGCGCAUUUUGAUGUACAUAUGUAUGUUCGUAUAUUUUAGGCGUUGUAACGCCAUUUGCAAUUGUUUAUAUUUAGUAUUUUAUUUAUUUAACGUCUUAAUUGUUCCCUUUGAAAAUUUUUAUAUUGUAUGUAUUUAAUAACUUUGUCUAAUAAAUUGAAAGAAUCAGUGUUUUUACGGUUA